AUGGCUCAGGUCGGUACAUUGUCAAGACAGCUUCGCCUUGUUGAUCGGCUGUGCUCCCUGACAGGCCCGGAUAAAUACAAGGCAGAGAUAUAUCUUUCACUUCUCGACAAGGCAAAGGAAAUUGAGAAGUGCGUGCGCGCUUAUGCUGUAUUGCCGGUUGAUGAGAUUAGAGCUACAGGAGAUGACCUCACCCCAUCGAGCCAUCUUCAUACUAUGGGACUUGUGUACCAGCUAUCAAUACUGCUCGAGCUUUACCGGCUUUUCCCAGAGUUACUUCGGUCGAGCGAUGACCAGAUCAGUUACAGCCCCAGUCCAUCAGAGACAAAACACUUUCUCGACAUGCUCACCACAAACAUCUUGACACUGUUGCUUUCUAUCCCUCCAUCAUCCAGAACCAAGGCUAUCCAGGUUCUUCCAUUGAUCAUUGCAGGCAGCGCGCUGCAAGGGCAGACGCAGCCCUCAUCCAGUACAUCGUUGUUGCCGUCAUGUAUUCGCGAUCCGAUUCAAGGGAUCAUGUCACUAUCUAGCAACAGCAUCAUCACAAGUUAUUGGAGACGUGUCGUCAUGGACAAGAUUACCAGUCUACAAGACUAUGUUGGUCUGGACUCGGUGGACUACGCGAGGAGAAUAGUGGAACGAGUGUGGAUGCGAGCGGAUAGCAUGAGCUCAAGAAGCGCAGGGGCUUGCUCCAUGGUUAGCUGGUUAGACGUGAUGAGAGAGGACAAGCUACAGACGUUCUUUGGUUAA